CAAAAAUAGAUAAGCGUUUUAAAAGAACAUAAAACUAGUAGUUGAAGAAAAUAAAUAAACCAGUUAUUAAAUCUGAUCAAAAAGCAAUUAGAUGAGCUGGCUACAUUUGUAUGGUUGGUGAAAGGGAAUGAUUUAGUGGUUGACUAAAAAAGUCGUUGGACACCUAUCUCUAUAAUUCUCCACAGUAGCCGCUUAUAUACUCGGUGGCCUUUCGGGUCGGGCCGGGUCAAACCGGUUAACGAUUAUCAGAGAAAAAUGGCCCCGUCGAUAACAACGACUUCACCACCAACCUACACAUCAAUUCCGAUACCUACCGGCGACGUCAUCUCCCGAUCAAUCCAUAACCUCACUUCCUCUAUCUCUCGCCACCGUCCCUGGUCGGAACUCGUCUUCUCCGGCGCCUUCCGCUUCCCGGAGAGACUCUCCUCUCUCCCCCUCCGUUCUCGGAGUAAUUUCCGUUACUUCUCCGUCAACUACUCUCUCUUCAUCGGCACCUGCGCGGCGUUCUCUCUCGUCACAGUUAGUCCCGUCGCGCUAGUCGUCGUGGGAACGAUCAUCGCCUUGUGGCUUCUCCUUCACUUCUUUAGGGAAGAUCCUCUUCUUCUCUGGGGGUUUCAGGUCGGAGAUAGGACGGUGGUGUGUUUCUUGGUCUUAGCGUCCCUUUGGGCUGUCUGGUUUACUAGCUCCGUGGUGAGUUUGGUCGUAGGUGUCAGCGUUGGGUUGUUGUUGUGUACUGUUCACUCCUUGAUUAGGAACUCUGAUGAAAUUUUCCUUGAGGAAGAUGAUGCUGUAACCGGGGGGUUGAUUGGGUCUAGUCGCCGAUGAAAAUUUCAGACAUUCUUACAGAUGUUAAUUUUUUAUUUGCUUUUCUGCGUCCCUUUAAUUACCAAAUUUUUUUCGAAGGGGACCAUAACUUUUUGUUUGUUUGAUUUAUUGUGAUUUGUAUUGUAUUGUAAAUUUUUUGAGGAUGAUCUGAUUACUUGUAAUCACUUCUUGUUUGAUUGAUUCUCACAGUGAGAGAAACCAACUUGUUCUGUGCAUUAUCCUCA